AUGGAUAACUUAAAGCCACCAAAGGAACUGAAUAUCCAUGAAGCACAUGUAGAAUGGCCGAAAUGGAAAAAGAAUUUUAAUAUAUACAAAGUGGCUGCUGGUAUAACAAAAAAGAAAAAGGACGAACAACUAGCCAUCUUCUUACAUAUAAUAGGGGAGGACGCUAGAGAGGUGUUUGAUACAUUCGAGACAGAAGGAGAGGUAACAGAACUUGACAAAGCAAUUGAACUCUUUGAUUUGUUUUAUAAGCAAAAAAUUAAUGAAUGUGUCGAAGCAUACAAAUUUAACAUUCGUGAACAGAAAGUAGGUGAAACUUUCGGAGAAUAUCUUUCUGCGCUAAGAAAAUUAAGCGAGAACUGUAAUUUUGGAACAAUGAAGGACCGUCUUAUUAGAGAUCGAGUAGUGGCUGGCAUUGUUGAUAAAAAAUUACAAGAAAAAUUUCUGUCAGAGACUGAUUUGACAUUAGAAAGAGUAAUUGAUUUAACUAAAAAAUAUCAAGCAGCUCAAGAUCAAAAACAACUUAUGAAUAGCACGGUGACAGUUAAACAAAUAGAAAACUGUUCAAGAUGUGGUAAAACACAUGAUGUCAAUAAAUGUCCAGCUUAUCAACAGGAAUGUAUGAAAUGUCAUAAACCUAACCAUUUUGCUAUAAAAUGUAAGUCUACUGUUGGUACAAAUAACAGUAAUAAAAAUGAUUGGAAGAAAUCGAAAAAAACGAGCACUAUUAAAGAAAUAUCAGUUAAAAACAAUAUCGUUUCUGCAGCUGAUAGCUCUGGAGACCUAUGUCUAGGAGCAGUAUUUUGCAAUGUCAGCAAAUGUGAAAAGCGCAAGUCAUCCAAUGCAGCGGUUCAGUGGUAUGAAGAGCUACAGGUUCAAGGGAAAAUGAUCCAGUUCAAACUAGAUACGGGAGCAGAAGCCAAUGUAAUUCCAUUAUCAGUGUUGAACGCGGUGGGAUUAACGCCUAUCACAGUGAACAGAUGCAAAGAAAAACUUGUAAAUUAUUCAGGUACGGAUAUUAAUGCUUUAGGUAAAAUUAAUUUAUUAUGUAAAAUUAAGUCAAAUGAUGAACAAUAUUUAGAGUUUUUUGUUGUAAAUAAUGAAAAUUGUGUACCAAUAUUAGGAUUAAAUUCAUGUGUGGAACUUAAGCUAAUUAAUAGAGUAGACAUCUGUCAAUUAAAUCCUGAUAAAUUUAAUUUAGAAUAUCCACAGGAUUUAAACAAAAAUUUAAAAAGAGAACAUUUUCCUAUGGCCACAGUAGAAGAGAUUAUGGGUAAAAUGUCAGAAGCAUGUAUUUUUAGUAGACUAGAUGCGAAAAAAGGGUUUUAUCAAAUUUCAUUAAGUGAGGAAAGCUCUAAACUAACAACUUUUAAUACUCCGUUUGGAAGAUAUUGUUUUCGCAAACUUCCUUUUGGGCUGAAUGUAGCACCAGAGAUAUUUUACAAACAUUUCUCUCAGUUGUUAGAAGGUCUUGAAGGAGUGCAGGUGUACAUGGAUGAUAUAUUAGUUUUUGGGAAAAACGAAGAAGAACACAAGUCUAGAUUAAUGAAUGUUCUACAUAGAUUGGAAAAAAAUAAUGUUAAAUUAAAUAAAGAUAAGUGUGAAUGGGCGGUUAGUAAAUUAAUUUUUAUUGGUCAUGAGUUCUCAAACACUGGAGUCAGGCCAGACCCUGAUAAGGUAAAAGCAAUUAAAGAAAUGGCACAACCAAAAUGUAAGAAAGAUAUUGAAAGAUUCUUAGGAAUGUAUAAUUAUAUAUCAAAAUUUAUACCCCAUGCAUCAGACAAAACAAAACCACUGAGAGAUUUUUUAAAACAAAAUUCUAGUUUUCAGUGGAGCAUAAAUGAGGAAAAUAUGUGGAAUAGAGUAAAAGAAGAUUUAUGUAAGGUUCCGGUUUUGCAAUAUUACAAUCCAAAUAAAGAAAUAAUAUUAUCUGUUGAUGCUUCACAGUAUGGAGUAGGCGCGGUUCUGCUUCAAGAUAACUUGCCGGUUGCUUAUGCAUCUAAGGCAUUAACAGAGGUACAGUCAAGGUGGGCACAAAUUGAAAAAGAGACGUAUGCAAUAGUUUGGGGUUGUGAGCGGUUUCAUCAGUUUAUUUAUGGUAGGAAAAUAAUUAUAGAAAGUGAUCAUAAACCGUUAGAGUAUAUAUUCAAGAAGCCAUUGAUAGAUACACCUUUACGAUUACAGAGAAUGAGAAUUAGGCUUCAAAUGUAUGAAUUUAGUAUAAAAUUUAAAAAAGGUUCUCUUAUGUAUAUAGCAGACACACUUUCAAGAGCAUUUAUUGAGGAUGUGGAUGAAAAAAAUGAUGUUUUAAAAGUAGCAGAAAUUGAAAUGCAAAGCACUUUAGAACAUUUUCCUAUGUCAACCGCAAAACUGGAUGAAUAUGUAAAAGAGACAGAGAAGGAUAAAGACUUGGGAGUCAUAAAAAAAUGGGUGGUAUCAGGUUGGCCAUGUUAUAGUAAAAUACCAGACAAUUUAAAAGCUUAUUGGAAUGUGCGUAACUCAUUGAUAAUUAGCAACGGGCUAUUGUUAAAAGACAAUAAAAUAGUGGUACCAUUAUUUUUGCAAAAAGAGGUUUUAAAUAAAAUACAUUACAAUCACCUAGGUAUACAAAAAUGUAGAUUGAGAGCUAAGGGAGCAGUAUAUUGGCCGAACAUAAAUAAAGAUAUUGAGUGGAACAAUAGAUUUUCCCAUUUAGUUGGUAUUAAACAUCCCACAGUUUGGCAUUUAAUAAGGAAAAUGAAAUAUGAGGUGGCGGCGGAUUAUGCAAAAUUAGCAUUGGAUGACGUUGGAGAAGGCAAUAAAAAAACGACCAAACUUGGACAAAUGAGGACGACAGAAAUUAGAUUACAAGAACUUUGUGCCAG